CAGCUGCGCCAGGUUUGUAAUCACCCUCCUGUAUUUUGUCAGUAAUCAGUCCUCAGUAUCAAAGUCUCUCAUUCACUGGCAUUUCCGCUGGGCCCACGCUAUGUUCUCCACUCGCGGUCCUAAUUUCUGACCAGACACGCUGGCCUGGUGCCGUUCAGCUCCGCAAAUUCCCAGAAGAUUGGAUCUGUCAUACACGGACUUAAACUUGAUGUAGUGCAUGUAAGCUCCGAAUUGGUUCAGCGUGCAGCGCCCCGCAAGGUUACCGAGAUGAGAGAGGGGAGGAGAGAGGGGAGAGGGACGGCUCAACGCCUGAGUGAGUAAGUCUACACUAAAAAGGAGGGAACGAGAACAAGAAUGAGAGAAACUGAGAGUGUGGCGGCUGCAGUCACUUUCCAAGCUGCUCCACCACAGACUCCGUCACCACAACACGCAGCGAGCGCGGCUCUCUGGUCGUGUCACUCCCAGGAGCGAGGACUCAAGAUGCAGCAGCAGCAGCAGCAGCAACAAGAACAAGAAAUCAUGUUUUCGUAUUCCCCUUCAGAUCUGCGGCGCCCGCCGCAGCAGCGGAUGUCACGCGGACAUUCGUACGAAGAGAGAACUUCGUGGAACCCAAAGCGCUCUGCGGUAGCCGACCGUCAGAUGCUGCUUCUCGACGAACUGGAGGCGGUGAGAGCAGACAGCACAGCUUCUCAUCUGUUGUGUCCCUCUGUGUCUUCUUUUUCUGGGUGA